AUGAAGUGUCUCUGGCUGCUGCUGACCACGCUGCUGGUACCUGUGCACCUGGCGGGGGCCUGGCCCCCCAAGUACGCGGUUGAUUGCCCCGCGCAGUGCGACAGUAACCAAUGCAAAACCAGCCAGCGCUGCAAACAGACGGUGCUGGACGACUGCGGCUGCUGUCGCGUGUGCGCCGCGGCAGCGGGAGAGAGGUGCUACCGCACGGUCUCCGGUGUGGACGGCGCCAAGUGCGGCCCGGGGCUACAAUGCCAGUUUUCCAACCUCCAGGAUGUUUUCGGUGAAGAGUUUGGUAUCUGCAAAGAGUGUCCCUAUGGUACCUUUGGAAUGAACUGCCAAGAGAUCUGCAAAUGUCCUUCCGUCAUAUGUGAUAAAGUCAACGGAAAAUGUUUGAAAUUUUCCUUUUUCCAGGCUAAUUCAAAGCCUUCUGGCAGGAGAUCGGUGGCCCCUUCAGAUCAUGACAUGGCUUCUGGAGAUGGCAACUCGGUCAAAGAACAAUUUGUGAAAAAGAAUGGAACUCGUUCUCCAGUUAUGAAAUGGUUAAAUCCCCGCUGA